ACGAGACCUGCCCCAGAGACCGACGACUCUAUCCGGAACCCGAUCCUCGAGGACCGUCCUUGGUUCUUCUCGCUGACCCCCGAGAUGCCUAUGCUUAUAGAAGAAGCCGCAGAUGCACCAUUCGCCACUAGAUUCCGUCAAGAAUUGUCUGGAAAAUCACAACGACAUAUUCCACGCACCGAGAAUGUGACCGAUGAAGCAUUAACAUCGUCAUGGAACACCCCUUGUCCCUGGCCGCCUGCAUCAAGAGCCCGCUUCUUGCUCAAGGUGGCACUGAACACAGUAUGCAAGCGCUACUAUCUCGUUCGAAGGAGCGCUACACAGCGUCUACUGGAGCAAGCCAUUCACAACCCCGACAUGUGUGAUCUUGUAUCUGAGUACAAGCUCUUUGUACUGUUUGCAUUGGGCGAGGUCUACUCGACGAGGACAUCGCCUACCAAGGACAAGAAUCAACUUCCUGGUAUUUCAUAUUAUGUACGCGCCAGUCGGUUCCUUCGGGUCCUCACUGAACAACCUCGCAUUGACUGCGUUGAGGUUAUCUUGAUGCUGUCUUUAUACUCCCUGGCUAUGAACCGACGGUACAACGCAUACUGCAUGAUUGGAUCUGCUGUCAAAUUCAGCACCAUGAUUGGCCUACACCAAAAUGUGCCCUUGUCUCUGAUGCCGGAUCGCGAGAAGCAAGAACACAGAAAGAGGAUAUGGUGGUCGGUGUAUACUCUUGAUCGCUUCUGGGGGGCUCAGAUCGGCCAACCAGUUUCCAUCAGAAACGAGGACAUCGACGUCGAUCCGCCUUCCAUCGAGGGAUUAUCUCCCGAAAGCGCGGCUGAAGACUUUGCAGACGCCGAGUAUCUCACAGCCAACCACCGGCUGACCAAUCUCGCCGCUCAAAUUGCGUCGUUGAUCUACAGCCGGAAGAAUCAGCGCACCUCCUUCUCUAGUAGGGUUCAACAAGCGCUGAGAGACUUGACUAGCUGGCUACAAGGCCUGCCAGACUCUUUGCGAGCUGCUAUGGAAGAACUUCCCCCUAACGCGACAGCGCCCAUCACCGCUUUGCACCUCUCUUUUAACCAGUGUCUAAUACGGGCGGCGAGACCAAUUGUGCUGUACGUCUUUCGCAUGCGCCGAGAGGCUCGCAAGUCUAUCGAGGAAGAGCGCCCUCCUAUUGGCGAAGUUGCUUUGACUCUUUCGGAUGCCUGCAUCCAAUGUGCCCGACGCUCCUGUCGACUUUUAGUAGAGUCUUGGAUCAAUGGGUCCUUUCCCACGUUCGAUGUUUCCUAUGUUCACCACCUCUUCUCAUCAUCCAUCGUCCUCGCCAUAUCCAGUCUAUCUCAAACCAACGAGUCUCAAAGCGACAGUGAUGACUUUGAUGCUGCGAUGCAAAUACUCAAACAACUAGACGAGAGUGGCAAUUUCGCAGCGAGAGAGUUCUUGAAGAGCAUGGAAGCCACCAGGGCUGCCCUAGACAGCAUCGCUGCAGAAAGAAACCAA